AAGGCUGUUUAAAAAUAUUUUAUCAUUUUUUUGUAAAUAGUGACGUUGUGUAGAUAUUAAAUCAGUUGGUUUUAAACUAUAAGAAGCUCUGAGCUGAACAUCUUUUGAGGACACCAAACAUAUUAAGGGAAGAUCAUCUGUUGAUAUUUCUUAAGGAGACCGUUUAUUGGACCAUAAGAAACACUAAUGAAGAUUCCAACGCCUUGUUUCCUGGUUCUCCUGCUGUGUUUCGGGGGGAUGCAUGGCGCGGAGAGCCCCAAGCAGACUUUUAAUGCAGACGCCUCCAAGGGUGAUGUCAGUCAGAAGAGGCCGUCUCGGGCAUCAGAGCAAAAGCCAAACCGCUGUUCUUACACCUUCAUCGUGCCCCAGCAGAAGCUGACAGGUGCGCUUUGCGUGAGCACAGAGUCUGCUCGGGGCAACCACUCGGAGACGGCGGCCCUGCGAGCGCAGCUGGACCGACAGCAAGAACAGCUGGACAGAAUGCGCGGGGAACUGGAGCACGAAGGGACGCUGGCCAAUGAGAUGAGAGUUCUGCGCAGAGAAAGUGUCAACAUGAACGCCCGCAUCACCCAACUCUAUGCCCAACUGCUGAAUGAGAUCAUACAGAAAAAGGAUCAGGGUUUGGAGCAAAGGCGACUCGAGGGUUUGGUGAUAAACGCAACAGCCCAGGUUCUGCAGUUGUCGAGCAGUUACAGAGACCUGGAGAAGAAAUAUGACACGAUCACUUCACUCGUGAGCAACCAGAGCCAGAUAAUCACACAACUGGAGAAACAGUGCCAACUCAAAGACUCCACCAAAGCACAUCAGGAAGCUACACGACUUGCGGUUCAACAGUCAAGUAAACUGGUAAAUGCGAACUCAGAGCCUACAUACGUUGCCAGCAAUGUCCAAAGAGACCAAAGUGACCCACUGCACCACGAACACAGACAGCAGGAAGCGCAGGAGACCUUUGAUGAUUCUUCCACCCUCCCCACAGAUGCACCUUUCAUCAGUUACCCGGUCACAAAGUCUCCAGGACCGUGGUGGGACUGUCAGCAUGUUCUGGAGUCAGGAGAGAAGACCAGUGGCAUCUACCUGUUGCGUCCACGCAACACCAACCACCUGUUGCAGGCCUGGUGUGACCACAGCAGAGCUGAGGGUGGCUGGACCGUUAUCCAGAGGAGACAGGACGGCUCUGUCAACUUCUUCAGGGCUUGGGAUCAAUACAAGCAAGGCUUUGGCAAUCUGGAUGGAGAAUACUGGCUGGGUUUGGAGCACCUGUACUGGCUCACCUCUCAGGUCACCUACAAGCUGCGAGUAAUCAUGGAGGACUGGCAGGGGCGACAGAUGUACGCCGAAUACGACAGUUUUCGAGUGGAACCUGAGAGCGACUGGUUUCGUCUACGGUUAGGCAGUUAUCAAGGCAAUGCAGGAGACUCUCUCUCGUGGCACAACAACAAAGCUUUCACAACUCUGGAUCGCGAUAAAGACGCAUACUCGGGUAACUGUGCUCAUUACCAAAAGGGAGGUUGGUGGUACCACAUGUGCGCCCAUUCUAACUUGAACGGGGUGUGGUAUAGAGGCGGGCAUUAUAGAAGCCGAUACCAGGAUGGCAUUUACUGGGCGGAGUUUCACGGAGGCUCGUACUCUCUGAAGAAAGUGGCCAUGAUGAUUAAACCUGUAUAAGAUGGACAGAAUUGAACAGAUUGACUGAACAUCUCUGCUUACAUGUCUGCUAUAUUCAACUGAGGAUUUUUCUAUAUAAAGACUGUGCCCCUGGUAUCUGAAUAUUUUAAAUCAGAUCUUGUAUUUUGUAUUUGCAUUAUUGUACAGUGCUUUAUUUUUCACUGUCUGUAUUUGUGUAUUAUUGCAUAUACCGUAUAACGUGUAAAAUGAAUACUUUUUUACUCUGAA